GAAACUGAGGCUUCCGAUUUAAUGCUUUACUGUAAUUAUAAACAACAUUCAUAUGUGUACAGCAGGGACGAUGAAGUGCUGCAGCAGGGCCUAAGGAUUGCCAAGGGCCUACGAUAUGUUUGUAGAUGCUAUAGAGACCAUACAAGUGUGAUAAAACUCUGGAGACCCUGCGACAAUCAAUACAGCACUUGACUGUGAUUUCUAUGGAAAUACCACAAGUAAUGUAAGGGGACAGACCACAAGUAGUGUAAGGGGACAGACCACAAGUAGUGUAAGGUGACACACAGAUUUGGACUUGGUAUUCUACAUCAGGUUUUGUGCACAAAUGUAGAGGAAUCAUGACGGGAGGCUACAGUCUGAGACACAGGGGGAGGACCAGUAAAGGUCUCAGAGAGCCGGUGCUGCAGACAGACCCCCUUACCCCGUCUAAUGGAAAUGAUGGGCCAGGAAAUCAUCACCCAGUUUUGGGGUUUAAUCUUUGUGAACUGACAUCAUUUGUGUCAGUAGUGAAGCUUUUGUGCCGGCCCACAGACUCGGCAAGUUUAGGAGUUACACGAUUUAUGUUUGGUCUGCUGAUGGUGAUUGACAUUCCCCAGGAGAGGGGGAUGGGUGUGGCAGACGUUCGCUGGGGCGACCCGUCCACCUGUCACUUUCCCCUAUUUGAUUGGCUGCGGCCCCUCCCCCUGGUGUGGAUGUACGUGGUCUAUCUUGUCAUGUUGUUGGGUGCCAUAGGGAUCAUGCUAGGCCUGCUGUACAGACUGAGUUGUGUCAUGUUCCUAGUGACAUAUUGGUACGUGUUCCUGUUGGAUAAGACAAGCUGGAAUAACCAUUCCUACCUCUACGGUCUCAUCGCCUUGAUACUGCUUCUGUGUGAUGCCAACCGUUGCUGGUCUCUAGAUGGAUGGUUGAGGCCUCAGAUCAGACACUGCCAUGUCCCCCUGUGGAACUACACUCUCCUCAGAAGUCAGGUGUUCCUUGUUUACUUUAUUGCUGGACUAAAAAAGCUGGACAUGGAUUGGAUAUCGGGAUACUCCAUGCAGUACCUGUCAAGUAAAUGGGUAUUUGAUCCCUUCAGACUGUUCCUGACCGAUGAUCAAAUCGACCUAUACAUAGUUCAUAUCUGUGGACUGAUGCUGGAUAUGUUCAUCGGUUUCUUCUUGUUCUUUGACAAAACCAGACCAGUAGCUUUAUUCUUUGGGUCAUCCUUCCAUUUUAUGAACUCCCAGCUGUUCAAUAUAGGUAUGUUUUCGUACACGAUGUUGGCUACCCUGCCUUUAUUCUGCUAUCCUGAUUGGCCCAGGAGGGUCCUACAGUUACUUCCUUUGCCAGGUGGGCCAACGACACGACAAGAACUACAGCCCAACAGCCACUGUGUGUAUGUGAAGGAGCUGGUGAAGUCUAGCAAACAAAUAGACAAACCUCAGAGUGUCUCCUCGUCUCCACAAGUGGUACCCCCCACUGCAGCAACAUUCCACCAUAAACUUUUCUCCUGCGUGACUCUAUUUUACCUCAGUACUCAAGUGUUUCUUCCGUAUUCCCACUGCAUCACCAAGGGUUACAACACGUGGACAGAUGGUCUGUAUGGGUACUCCUGGGACAUGAUGGUUCACUCGUGGAAGACACAGCACGUUCGCCUCACCUACAUGGACCUUGACACUGGGGAGCAGGGCUACCUUGACCCUUACGCUUGGGUACCGGGUAAGAGUAGCCGAUGGUCAAGCCAUGCUGAUAUGGUCAAACAGUACAUGACGUGUAUAGCUGAUCGACUAGUGGAGUACAAUAUCACCAACGUUGAAUUGUAUAUCGACGUGUGGAGGUCUCUCAAUGACCGCUUCCAGCAACGAGUGUUUAACCCCAACAUUGACCUACUGCGAGCCCCCUGGGGACCAUUUUCCAAGGUUUCCUUUGCCUUUCCUUUACUGGUCGAUCUGUCGGACUGGAGACAGAAACUGUCCGAGAUUCAGGCGGAACUUCAUAGCUCAUCAAACUACACUGAUGUUGUGUUUGUGGCAGAUUUUCCAGGAUUGACACUGGAGAACUAUAUACAGCCAGACCUGGGAAAUACUAGCAUCACUCUACUCAAGGGUGAGGUGAUUGUGGAGAUUGUGGACAGGAAACGUAACUACACACUGACUGAAGGACAACAGCUACAGCUGCCUGCUGAUGCCUUCCACAACGUCCAUACUGUGUCAUCGGAACCGUCCUGUUACAUGUAUAUCUUCAUCAACACCACAAAGGAACUCUUCAUCCACAAGUUAGAGGAAUACAGACAUGCCAUUAAUGCAUCAAUCAAUGGCACAGAUACAACUGGAGAACUGAUGAAGCAGUUUGAUGGUGAUCCCUACCUCCAACACUACAGGGACCAUCUGGCAGGCGAAGGAAUAACGAAGAAGGAAAAGACACUCUGGCAGAUAGCCACUCAUUUUUUCAAUCACCGAUACAAAAAGUUUACCAGAAGUUUUCUCUUCGUUCAAGCAGCCAUAAAGAGCAUUGUCUUUGGCGAAUCUUUUGAGGAUUUUCGCGAGUCUCUAUACAGUUUUGAAGUCAACCAGAAACACCUUGAAGAAUCUGUUCCCGAACCACACACUACAGAUACACCGCCAUAGACUACAAUUCAUGUGCAGACAUUUACUUGUUUCCCUCAUCAUAACUAGUGUUUUGAAUGUUUAGUAGCUAAAGAUAGAUCCCCUUUCAUAUUUGGUUUUUAGGCCACCUGAGACAGGUGACUUGUUGUGAUUGCUUUUUGUCCAUUUCCGUCCAGUCUUGUGUCAUUCUUCAUGCCUCCAUAAACAGUAUGGACGUUUUCGACUUUUUCAUACCCAAUGAACCAAUUUCAAUAGCAUCUUGCAGGAAGGUUCCAAGGUCAAAGGCCAACCAAAUUAGUAAAUCAUAUGUAUUUUAUCUUGCUUAAAUUUCAGCAAUCUUCUUCAGACUGUGAUAGGCUGAAAUAAAAGACUUUUCAUGUAUAGACUGAGAUAUCCUAAGGUACUUCAUUGAUAAUUUCAUUGCCCCAAGGCUGCCUAAUCCCCCCUGAGGAGGGUGUUCAUUUUACAAUAGUUUAUAUAGAGAAAUAACACUAUUAGGUAUGGUUUUUUUAUUUUCAGUGUGAUAUAAUUCAAACUAGGUUAGAACUAUCAUCAUUUGAUUGCAUUUGCAGUUUGAUGGUAUGAAAUUAAAAUCCUGACUUACAUCCCUGAGAGGUGGGGCCAAAAUGGGUCAAACAGGCUAAAAUUUCAAAAAACAUCUCAUCAGUUCCUAAUAAGCUAGAAUCAAAUCAUCUUCAUAGAUAGACAUGUCCUAUAGUGCUUAAUCAAAUGUGAAUUUCACUAACCAUGGGUCACCCAUUCCUCCUUGGAAAGGGGGCAAGUUUUACUAUAUUGCAUAAUUUUAUUAUAUCAGUUUUUUCUGACAAUUACCUCAUAUAUAUAUUUAUAUAUUCACUCCCCAACUUCAUUAUGUCAGGGUAUCACACAGAAAUCAGAAUUCUACAGAAUGUAAAAGAUCCACCGAUAUCCCACUGCUAAUGUCUGCAAUACAGCUAAUUGUACACUGAUUACAGAUUUCCACUGUCCACUUUUACUAUGUAGAAAUUUCUUAAUGAAAGCUGAAAUAAACAUAUUAACCAUCUCGUUGCGAGUUUUAGUCCUUUUUUCUCCAUUUUUCUCCAUUUUAUGUGCUAGAUGUCACAAUACCACAAUUAUGCUGUGAUACUAAAACUGCCAG